AUGGCUUUAACGUCAGCACUCCCCAAAACAUAUAAAGCCGGUGCGUAUCUAGUACUCUCCCCAUUCGUAGUACCCGUGGCUGAUAUUGUCAUAUCAAUAAGCUGCGCGGGACCACACGAGCCUUGGGAAGUAAUCACAAAGGAGCUGCGUACGCCCGCGCCGAACGAGGUGCUCUUGCGAGUGCACGCCUCUGGCAUAUGCAACUCGGACCAUUUCGUCGCGGAGGGGACUUGGCCAGGGAUCUCGUACCCGCGUAUUACGGGACACGAGGUUGUCGGGCGCAUCGCUGCCGUCGGGUCAGCACUUGAGGGUGACGCGCGGUUUAAGGUUGGUGCCCUUGCCGGCGCAGGAUGGAACGGGGGAUAUUGCGGGCGUUGCGAGUACUGCAGACAGGGCGAGUACUGGACGUGUGCUACGGCCGCGGUCACGGGCUUUACGUUUGAUGGCGGACAUGCCGAGUACAUGUACGUGCCAGGAAUGGCUAUCGUCAGCCUCCCAGAAGAGGCGCUGCAGAAUGCAUCAUACGCUGAGCUCGCGCCAUUGCUUUGCGCUGGGUGCACUGCGUUUGGCGCGAUCACGACAACGAAGUGGAAGCCGGGGGAUCUCUGUUUAGUACAAGGCAUUGGUGGUUUGGGACAUCUCGCUGUUCAGUUCGCAGCUCGAUGUGGAUUAAAGGUGCGUCGGUCUACGCCGUCUCAUCCGGUAUCAAAACGUGACCUCGCGCUCUCGCUCGGCGCGCACGAGUACAUCGACUCAAGCACGACCGAUGUCGUGAGCGCAAUCCAAGCACUCGGUGGUGCCCAAGUCAUCAUAUGCACCGCGCCCUACGCGAAACACAUCAGCGCAAUUCUCCCGGCAGUGGCAAAGAAUGGUACAAUCACGCUUAUUUCAGCCGCGACUGACGGGCCAGUGGAGGUGUCAAAUGUGCUUAUGAACAUGAAUCGCGCGACGCUGCACGGGUUCGCGUGCGGGUGCGCGCCAGAUACGGAACAGUGUAUACGGUUCUCGACGCUGCAAGGUGUCAAACCGAUGGUGCAGGAAUUUUUGGUGGAGCAAUUUACUGAUGCAUACACGGCGGUAAUGGCAAACAAGGCGAGAUUCCGGAACGUCGUUGUGUUCCCUUAA